AUGGCGCAGGCUCGAGCCCCAUUUCGGAAGGAUCGGAGGGAAAGCUUCGAAAUGCGGUUGGAAGCCAUUCGUGUUGCGCUCCUUGUGACCAUAAUCGCCGCAGGUGCUGUCGAUUUGCGUUUCUAUGUAUGUCAGAGAGAGACCAGGGACCUUUAGAAGCGGUGAUGCAGGGCAGAAUGAUUUGAGGUCCAGGGCGGGGGAGGGGAGUAGUGACGCAGGAGCCGCAGAUAGCAGUGACCCCGGGGAGCGAGCCGAGGUUCGGCGUUUUACGGGAGCUUCGAUGCGUAGGUGGCAGCAGGCUGCGGAUGCGCCAUCGUUGUUUACUAGGGCUGUCGGAUCCGUGAUUAAUCUGGUUCGCGUGGCGGAGUUUGAAAUUCUCUUCAUCUCCCUCUUUGUCCUCGCGGUUUUGCUAUUCAAGGACUUGACUGCUCGCCCUGAAUACAAUCAAAUUUUGUUUCAAAGGCGGUUAGAACCCGAACAAAUUCGACUCUACUGAUUCACAAUAUGUUCAAGAACACAUUUCAGUCAGGAUUCCUGUCCAUUUUUUACAGUCUUGGGAGCAAGCCAUUGCAGAUCUGGGACAAGGAAUCUCAAAAUGGACAUAUCAGAAGAGUUUCUGAUGAGGAUCUUCAGUCCAGUGUUUUGGAGAUUAUGGGCUCAAAUGUGAGUAGCAACUACAUCAGUUGCCCAGCUGAUCCUCGGCUGACGCUUGGUAUCAAGUUGCCUAUUUUGGUGAUGAUCAUCAAGAACAUGAAGAAAUACUUCUCUUUUGAAGUGCAAGUGCUUGAUGAUAAAAACGUUCGCCGCCGAUUCCGUGUAUCAAAUUAUCAGUCAGUCACACGAGUGAAACCUUACAUCUGCACUAUGCCCAUGAGGCUGGACGAAGGUUGGAAUCAGAUUCAACUAAACCUUGCAGACUUCACAAGAAGGGCGUAUGGUACCAAUUAUGUGGAGACUUUGCGGGUGCAAAUACAUGCCAAUUGCCGUGUCCGACGCAUCUACUUCUCCGAUCGGCUUUACACGGAAGAAGAACUUCCUCCUGAAUUCAAAAUUUUCUUACCUAUCCAAAAAAGCUGAAGGAACUACUUAUGAUUGCUUCGGUGCACUUCAUUUUUGACCUACGCUUUUGGGAAUCUUGUCCAAUAUCCAAUGCAUAUCAAAGUCAGAACAGGAUGGUCAAGGUCUAAAAGAGUUCGGAGAGACAUGCCCCUUUUUUGACACUUGCGGCUACUCCUGAGUGCUGCCAACUGCACACAAACCUUGUAAAUCAUUUAUGUGAGCAGCUGUCUGCUGGCAGCCUUUAUUUAUUUUUGUUUUUUUUUUUGCUUCUAGUAAUAUCAUCGCUAAUAUUGUAGUUGCCGUGUUGCAUUAUGCACUUCAUUUUUGUA